AUGAAAAUUGGGAAUCCACACUAUCGUGGUGAUCAAGUUCCGCUGCCUGUCGAGGUGCUCGAAUUGAUAUGCCAUUUCAUCAAGGAAACCCAUAAUGCCACUAGCCAAUCCACUUUGGCUGCUUGCACCUUGGUUUCUAAGUCAUGGUGCUCCGUCUACAACAGGCAUCUGUACGAGAAGCCAAUAAUCAUCCCUUCCGCCUUCGAGAAUUUUACAAGAACAAUCUGCACAGGAGUGACCGCAAAAGCAAAAAGGGUCAGGCUGGAAGAAUUUGUCAAGCAUCUUGAUCUCAGGGGACUUGCAUAUGAAAGUUCCAAAAGUCUCACUGCUCGGCUUAUUGGAAGGACAAGUCAGUCGCUGGAGUUCUUCGCCGCUCCUGCCAUUACUUUUGGGAUCAGCUCUCUUGCUCCGCUGUCUAAGGCUUCGAGGUUAAGAAUACUAGAUCUAUCUCAAGAUGGCUACCGAUUGAGUCUGAACCGCAUCCUUAAUUCCAUCAAUCACCUAGAAUAUCUGACAGAUUUGAAGUUGCCACCUGACGCCGCUGGAGAUGGAAGCCAGUGCAAAUUCCCCCAAGGCUGCUGGCCCAGGCAUUUGAAACAUCUCCAAUUGCCCCUGAAGAUGUGCAAGCAUAUCGGCUGGUGGGAUGAACUGUUUGAAAGUCUGCCAGCCACCCUGCAAACACUGCUCAUUCCUGAAUGUUACAGCUACAUCCCUUUCUGGGCUUUCAAAGACUUGAGGGGAUUUGCAAGUUCCAUCAAACAUCUUGAGAUCGGGAAGCCAUCGACUGAUAUCGAGGUCCUGGCCUUACGUCACGUUAUCUCAAGAUUUCCCGCCAUCACGUCCUUGACACUUCCCGUAACAAUUUCUUUGGAAGACGAGGACAACAUCGAGAACUUACCCAUGUCUCCUAGUAACGGCGGUCUAGUCGAAGUUCUCAAUCUCGCACGCCCACUGGUACCGCUCGGUUUCGGUUUCAAUGGCUCUCCAAUCGUAAAGACUGAUCUUCUCAGAACCAUGGUAUCAUAUUUUCCAUCUCUCCAGAGGGUGAAUGUUCCCAAUGAAUCCAUAAAGCCUGCUGAUGAAGAAGAGAUGGCGAGGUUGAGUGAAGUCCUGGAGGCAAGAGCUCCCAUUGACAAAAUUCAUUCUGCAGGAAUAUUUACAUAUGCUGAGGAUCCCAGCCGCUAA